GAUGGUCAUGCAAGAAAACUUGUGCAUGCACAGUGUCUGCAUAUUGUUCUGUCUCUACUCAUUGUCAGCAACAAGACUCAACGAUAUAGUUAUAAUCAAACAGCCCGGUCAGAUUUACGUCAAUAAAACUGUCGACUCGCUUCUUCCUUUCGUUUACGACUUCUUCACUUCAGAAAGCUCUCACAAGUUUCAGCAGCACGGUUCUCUAUCAGUCAACACGUAUGAUGUUGGAGAGAAAGAUUGUAAAUCUGUUCGUCACCAGUCUUCUCUACACGUGACGUCUAAGUGCUUGCCUCCUAGCCAACAACAUCUAACUCUACCUGUGAUAUCAGUAUUGAAUUCUCAAAACGCUACAGUAGAAUAUCUCAGUCUUGCUUCAUCACCACACAACAUCAUACAAAUGGUCAGACAAAUUGCAAAUGAAAUUGGCUGGAAGUCGAUUGCAUACAUAAGUGAUGAACGUUGGGAUUUUCAGCUUCUGAAUGGUUUGGCACAAUCAGACAGCAGGGUAAAUGUAAGCACGAUAAUCCAACAAACAGAAAACUUGAAUUUCAAGAAAGAAGCUUCUCGCAUAUUGUCUUUAUCUAUCGACGCGGUGGUUGUUCACUGUCAAAAUGCAAGUUGUUGUAAAGCUGCAAAACAGAUCUACAUGCUUGUGUCUAAUCGAUCUGCUGCUCCAUGGUUGUUUACAAACGGUUUUUACCAACAUGUUUUUGCCAGUGAUCUGCAGUCAAGGACUAGUGGUGACAUGACGACUCGUGCGUUGUUGUUGGGAAUUGAGAGAACUGUGUUAAGAUCGCACGUAACUGGGGCUUUAAUGAAUUUUCAGGAGUCAAUGAUUGCAAAACAAAGCAAGAGUGAUCUCUUUGAUCUGUAUGAUGGCAUAAUAGUUAUGGCACAUUUGUUACACUCAGUAGAGUUCAGAGAAGUCUCAAUGCUUCAACGUGUCAACAUGCUAAACAUCAGAGGUGUAUUUGGACCAGUGCAAUUUGAAACGUCUAGCGGUGGAAGGAUUGGUGGUGUUUACGAAGUCGUCUGUAUGAAUCCGUUUACUUACUCUGUAUUAACGAUUGGAACAUAUGAUCUCAAUCAAUUUGAAUGGCUGCACAAACUUCCGUCUCUGCUGCCUCUUCAUCAAUCCACAAGACAUAACAGAGAAGCAAAAGAAGCAACUUCAAAUAAAUGUCCUGAAGUAUCGAACAAUACUAGGCAUUUUCGAGUGACAACCGUACCAGCGCCGCCAUUUAUUAUGAAAGAUGUCAACGGUACGUCGGGUGAAACGCGCAAUGGCAUAUUUUAUGGCUUUCUGGUGGACAUGAUGGAACUGCUGGCUGCUCCUGAUAUGCUAAACUUCAGCUACACAAUGAGUGAAGUUUCAGACGGUUUCUACGGCUCAAUAGAUCCCAAAACAAACAAACCAACAGGAAUGGUUGAAACACUCAUAAACUGUAAAGCCGAUCUUGCGGUGGCUGCUUUUACCAUCACGGCACUGAGAGAGACACAUAUCAGCUUUACUAAACCUUUCAUGAACAGUGGUUUUGUAAUGCUUGCUACAAAGUCGACUCCAACUGAAGGAGGUUUGUGGUCUUUCUUGGAUCCAUUCCACUUCUGGAUAUGGAUAUGCAUUUUGGUGUCGUUCUUUGUUUGUGGUGCUUGCCUCAUUGUUCUUCAUCGGGUGAGUCCUUAUGGGAGGCGAACAGUCGAUCAUCCCGAAGAUCUACCGUACACGUUCAAGCUACAUAACAGUGUGUGGUACUUUUACUCGACUUUCAUGCAGCAGGGACCAGAGGCUGCAGCCUUCUUGUCGGGAAAAGUCUUACUGGCCGGUUGGUUCUUCUUCUGUCUCAUUGUAGUUUCAACGUAUACAGCAAACCUGGCAGCUUUCCUCACCGUCAAGAGCUUCCCCAACAGCAUAGAAUCUGUAGACGAACUAUCCAGACAAACGCAGGUCAAGUAUGGCGUGGCAAAGCAUACGGCCGCUAGUGAGUUUUUCAAUUUGUCAACCAUUGAAACAUAUCAUCGCAUGAACAACUUUAUGAGAGCAACAAAAGGUGUCGUGAUGAAUAACACCCAAGAUGGAAUCAAUCGCGUGAAAAAAGGCAAACCGGGGGAAUACAUUUUUAUAGGGAGCAAAGCUCUUCUUGGUUUUACUUCAAACCAGGAACCGUGCACAUCAAAAUUAGUAGGAGACACAUUCAACCCCAGUAGCUUGGGAAUAGCGAUGCCAAACGGCAUGCCAUACCUUAAAAACUUUUCUAUAGCAAUCCUCCAGCUGAGAGACACGGGAAAACUAGAGGAACUAGAGCGAAAGUGGUUGAAGAGUGGGCCCUGUUCGCAACAGAGUGAUGAUGAUGAAUCGGACAAUCAAGAAGUUAAAAUACCACAAAUGGCUGGAGUGUUUCUUCUCCUUGUUAUUGCUAUCAUGCUAUCACUAGUGGUCGCGAUCGUAGAACGAUACGUGUGGAAAUAUAAAACAACGAAACGACAACGACUGGGAUCGGAAAUCGUAAUGGAGAAUAGACACGUCAGGGAUUCAAAUCCUUCUUGAAACAAUAUAAGAGCAAACGAAAUCAAACGGCACAGUGAAAAAUUCAGCCUGUCCAAGGCAAGAAUAAUAUAAUUACUAUUGUCUCUCAAUUUUACUAUAGUUCACGAAUUUGUAGUUGGUUGAGGUAUAUUUAUUAACUGUUAUAAUGCCAGUACAAUUUUAACGAUAGUCGUGGUUUGAAUCUAAUUGAACAGUAGAAACACGUAAAGAAA